UUGUCCAGCAGAAAGAAAGAAAGCUAUGGCUCUUCAGGCUAUCUUCUUCACACAAUCACAGCUGUUAAUCGACCCCUUGAGUCGGAUUCCUUGUUCUCUGCGUUCUAAUCCCUUCCAAGCCCUUACGUCCCAUGCAUAUGCUCGGGCUGCUCAUCAGACUAUCGUUUGCACUUCAGAGACUUGGAAUCCGACGAUUACUGCCAGUUCUGCGAGUACCAAACCAAGGACGUGGGACUACGGAAUCGUACCGUCACUCAGCAACACUGAGUACACUGAAAAGGAGUGGGCGGAGGAGGUCCAGAAGAUGGGGGAUGACGUGCGGGUCAUAAUGAACAAAAAGAUGGAACCGUUGGAAAAGCUCGAGUUGAUUGAUGCCAUUCAGCGACUUGGAUUAGAGUACCAUUUUAAGAUGGAGAUCGCGCACUCAUUGAAGUCACUUUAUGAAAGUGCUGCUGCUGCUCAACAUGAAUAUGAUGAUCUAUACAGCGCAGCUCUUCGAUUCAGAAUCUUCAGGCAGCACCAUUAUUACGAAAUACCGCAAGAUGUAUUUCGAAAAUUCAUAGACAGUGAGACGGGCAACUUUAGGUCAGUGUUGGCUAAUGAUGUGAAGGGAUUGUUGAGUCUGUAUGAAGCUUCUUUUCUAGGAUUCAAAGGCGAAGUUGUCAUGGACAAGGCUCUGGCGUUUUCCACUGCACAUUUGAAGGAGAAGAAGAAGAUAAUAUCAUCCCCAGGUUUAGCUGUAAAAGUGGAGCAUGCCUUGGACAUGCCGAUCCAUUGGAGGCCAAACAGACUAGAGGCGCGAUGGUUCAUGGAAGUGUAUGAGGAACAGCCAGACAUGAACCCCAAUCUGCUUAAGUUGGCCAAACUUGAUUACAACAUUGUUCAGUUGAUCCACCGAGAGGAAUUCGGCCGCCUCGUGAGGUGGUGGACUGAAUUGGGAUUGGGCAAUAUGACCUUCUUCAGGGAUAACCUCGUCGAACAUUGCCUCUGGACAUCUCUCGUGAUUUUCGACCCAAAAUACAGUGACCUGAGAGAAAUGACAACAAAAGUCGUUGCUAUGAUAACACUUAUAGAUGAUGUCUACGACUUGUUGGGUACUCUGGAGGAGCUCGAGCUCUUAACUCAUCUCAUCAAUCAAUGGGAUAUCACCAAAAUUGACGAGCUUCCUCUUAAUAUGGCCACUUGCUUUGUUGCUCUAUACAACAUCACGAAUGAAAUCGGACUCUGGGCUAUGACAAGGCGAGGCAUCAACAUCAUCCCAUAUAUGCGGGAAGCAUGGUCAGAUCAAUGCAAGGCAUAUCUAGAAGAGGCAAAGUGGUGUCAAAAGCACUUCAUGCCUACGCUGAAGGAGUACCUCAGCAGCGCGGUGAGAUCGGUCGGAGUGUUCCUUACUCUACAAUGUUGUUUCUUGAUUACUACGGACAACCUAACAGAAGACGCACUAAACUAUAUCGUCAAGAUCCCAAGUAUUGUCCGGUGUUCAUCAUUACUUAUUCGACUUAACAAUGAUCUGGUUCCAACAGCGGUAGGGUUGGCCGAGGGAGACAAACUGAAUUCGUUGGAGUGCUUUAUGAACGAAACGGGAGCUUCUGAGGAGCAGGCAAGAGGACACAUCAAAGAUCUCGUGCACAAAACGUGGAAGACCUUGAACAAAGAUGUGUUCAAUGAUAGCUGCCAAUUCUCCGGGCCUUUCGUGACGGCUUGCCUGAAUGCUGCACGGGCAUCUCAUUGGAUUUACAGAUACGGAGAUGGGCAUGGGAUAAGAAGCCAAGAAGCCAAAGAGCAUCUCAUGUCGGCUCUAGUCCAACCUAUUCCAAUCGAGCAAUUGGAUCAUAAAUUCAUUUUGGGGGUGAAAUAAGGCCGAAGCUCUGAAAAAUGCUUACAUAUAUUAAUGUCUGCCAUUCUCAUAUUAAGUACUGUUGUGAUAAGAUGCAUGUAACACG